AUGUACUGGGCUCCCAAGUUCCUGCAGGCCCUGGCCGCCGGGCUUUGCCUCGCAUCCGCCGCCACCGCCGCACCCACCGACGCACCCACGAAGACGCUCUCGGAGAGGCAGUCGUCCAACAGAUAUGUCUUCGCUCACUUCAUGAUCGGCAUCGUCACCGACCGCACCAGCGCCGCCGACUACGACGCCGACAUGCAGGGCGCCAAAGCCCUGGGCAUCGACGCCUUCGCGCUCAACUUCGGCCCGGACAAGGCGCCGGCCGACUACACGCAGCAGCUGCAGUACGCAUACGACUCGGCCGCCAGCAACGACAUGAAGGUCUUCCUCUCGUUCGACUUCAACAGCGGCCAGUGGUCGACCUCGGACGCCGCCGGCGUGGGCGCCAAGAUUGCUCAGUUCGGGAACCAUGCGGCCCAGCUGAAGGUUGAUGGUAAGGUGUUUGUGUCCUCGUUCGUUGGUGAUGGUCUGGAUGUCGCCGCGGUGAGGAGCGCUUCGGGAAUGUCCCUGUACUUCGCUCCCAACUUCAACCCCGGUUCCGGUGCGGACUUUGGUGCCUUGGACGGCGCUUUCAGCUGGUACGGCUGGCCAUCCGACGGUUCCAACAACCCUCCGAGCGCAUCAAACACCUACCUGCCCACGUAUGCCGACAACGACUACACCAACAAGCUUGGUGACAAGUCGAAGUACAUUGCUCCCGUCUCUCCCUGGUUCUUCACGCACUUCCAGAACAACGCGGACUUCGGCGGCAAGAACUGGCUCUUCCCCACCGACGACUUCUACGUCACCCGCUGGAACGAAAUCCUCCAGUUCGGCUCUCGCUUCGUCGAAAUCGUAAGCUGGAACGACUACGGCGAAUCCCACUACAUCGGCCCCCUCGCCUCCAAGCACUACGACGACGGCAACUCGAAGUGGACCAACGACAUGCCUCACAACGGCUGGUCCACCCUCGCCGCGCCCUUCAUCGCCGCCUACAAGGCCGGCGCCACCUCCGUCUCGGCCUCACACGUCAGCGCCACCGGCGGCGACAAGCUGGUCUACUGGUACCGCCCGCAGCCCAAGGGCCUCAACUGCGCUUCCACCGACAACGUCGGGUCCGCGCCCGCCGGCGCCGACCAAGUCGCCGACUCGGUCUUCGUCGCGGCGCUGCUGACGUCGGGCGCCACGAUCGAGGUGACGUCGGGCGGGAACGGGGUGAAGACCGCCGAGGCGGGUGCGGGUGUGAGUGUGUUCGAGUUCCCGCUCGGGACGGGGAAGCAGAGUUUUGCGCUGAAGAGGGGCGGCAGCACGGUGUUGAGCGGGGCGAGCCCGAAGGAGUUGCCGGCGAGUGCGACGGUGGAUAAGCUGGGUCCCGAUGGGUUGAGCAGGUUUACGGAUGGGUUGAAGGUCGCGACGUGUAGCCCGACGCCGACGUUGGUGUAG